AUGUCUGCAAAAAACCAGACAGAGUUCGAAAAGUUGUUAUAUAGUUUAUUAGAAAAGAAGCCACCUGGAACAAGUGCGUCGAGGAUAAAAGAAUUAACAAAGAUCGCACUCAAUAGUCCGAAGGUAUUAGGUGGGAAACACAGGAGAGCGGAGAGCGGGAGAGAACAAGAAGUGUGCAAAGCGGAUGAAAUCGAAAAUGUGUGCAUGCAGAGAGAAUACAAACAAAUCGCUCAUUGUGUGCAGAAAUUCAUUCAUCGCUGUGCAUCAGAAUACAAACUUGGUGGUUUAUACGUCCUCGAUUCGAUAACUCAGGCUGCACACCGACAGAAAACCGAAAAUGGAGACGUACCUACAUGGGCGGUAGAGUAUUUGGACAGAUUUGAAAAAGGACUGGAAGACCUGUUUGUUAAUAUUAUGCAGUGUCCUGAAAGAGACAAGGAAAAGGUUAAGAAAGUUCUCGAUAUCUGGAUCAAACGACAUGGAAUUUAUGAAGAUGACCUUUUACAGAGAAUAAAAACUCGUUAUUUUUCCGAAGGUGAUACCGCCGAUGGUGGCUCGACUAUUAAUGCGCGAGAUCCGAGACUAAGAAGCGGAAACGAUGGAAAUACCCUGCUUGGUGCGAAUUCUGGCGCUACUUCACAGGCUCAACUAAACGGUACUUCGUCUCAAGCACUCGACCAAUCCACCCUCCUCCGAACAUUAACCACGCUAAACUCACUUACACAAGGCAACCUAAAGAUUCCUUCGCUAUUAACUGAUUCUAUAUCCUCCCUCCAGAGUAGCUCAAAUAACAUAGGCACAGGAUCAAAUGCUGGACAAGGAUUUAUAGGAGUUAACGGACAUUUAGCACAAGAAGGAAUGCAAGGUGUUUUGCCAGUAUUACAAGGACCAUUGCCACAGCAACCACCGUCACAAACGCAUCCACAAAUAGCAAACUCGGCGCAGUGUCAUCAGAUUAACGGUAACAGAAGUUGA